UGGUCAUUCAAAUAAAUUUGAUUGUCAAUAUGUAACUUCAUUAUCUCAAAUAUCGGGAAAUAUUAUAUCAGUUGAAAAGACUAUACCAUAUUUUUUGGCAGCAAUGAAACAAAACUUCGAUGUUUUUGUCGAAGGUAUUAUUGUUUUAAAUGGCCCCUCAUCCUGAAGACAUGUCUACAAACGAUAGCUCAUUCCCAUCAGGGGACAGCCAUGCUAACACCACGUCUCAUACCACAGAAUCUGCACCUACUUCUGCUGGUUCAAGCUCUUGGGGGCAAUUUUUGGUGGUUGAAAGGAUAAACAUUAUUUUAUGGAUUUUACGGCUCAUAACACUCGUAUCUGGUUUCUUUUUCCUUUUCCCCUUAAUUGGAAAGCAAACUCAGUGGUACCAAAGGAUCCUCUUAUGUAAUGGAGCUAUUAACGCCCUCCGACUUCACACUCGGCUCCCUAGAUUUAGACCUUCCCGUGAAUUUUUGGCCAACAUUCUGACAGAAGAUAGCUGCCAUAAUCUCAUUUAUUCCAUGAUUUUUCUUUUUUCCUCGCAAAUCACACUCGUGAUAGUUCCUCCAGUUUUGUACGCUUUACUACAUUCCAUCAUUUUCAGUGUACGAGUUCUAGAUGCUUUCCGCUUGAACGUGACCGCAGUGAGAAACAUGAUGUCUAAGGUGACUUUACAGCAAAUAUCUCUGUUGAGAAUAAUAGCGUGCACCGAAAUAUUUUUGAUGCCCGCUAUAAUCGCCAGCGUUUUUGUUGGCAAAGGUAACUUGUUCGUUCCUUUCAUGUAUUACCGUUUCCUAACAUUGCGUUAUGCCGCUAGGAGAAAUCCUUAUUGCAGAAUGAUGUUCAGUGAGAUGAAGAUGGCGAUUCUGGAGCUUUCUUCCAAUCCAAGAUGCCCAGCUUUUGUAAGAGGCCUGGUUUAUCAAAUUAUCAGUUUUUUAGGCCGACUCGCACCGCCUAUAUCUGCUGCUAAUUAGUUAGAAACAUGAAAAACUUAUAUAUAAAUAUUUGUAUAAAGAACAUUGUAUAAUUUUACAUACAUAUCUUUUAAACAUCUUUGUUGCUUUUGCCGCGAAAUUUAUAUACUCGAAUAUUGUACUAUAUAAUAUAUAUUAGGUUAUGGGGUUCAACUGUUGAAACAAAAGCUUAUAUAAAUUAAGGGGGAAGUAAUAUUAUCUUUGAAGCUGUAAUUGCAUCUCAUAGCUAAACAAAUUGUAUGUUAGAUUCAAAUUUUUAAAUUUAUUUAUACAUGGCAAAUGGCAUAGAUGUCAUAUGCAUUUAUAUAUCAUAAACUCCUAUCCAACAUUUAUAUAUUAGUUGUAAGUUGGUAUCUUAGAAAUAUCCACUCGUAAAUGUGUUUUUUUAACCCCAAACCUUGUAAAAAAUAUUAACUGUUUUUUUCACGCAUUCAUAAAAUUUUGGCCUUUAUUGUUUUAUACAUUUUAAUUGUAACCAUUUCAAGUCAUUCCCGUUCUUAUAUAAAUGGUUUUGUAAUGUUAAUGUUUCAAUUCCAUGCAGUUUAAAAGCUUGGUUUAAAAUAUUCCUGUAGUAAACUAGAAGGAGUUUUUAUUAUUUCUGUAGAUAAAGUAUUUUAUAAGCGAUAAUUUUUUAUUAUAUUUUAUCAUUGAUACAAUUCUUUCAAUAACCAACAUUCAUACUAAAAUGUAGGAAGAAUAUA